GCUAUAAUAAAUAUACAUUUUUUUUUACAGGAUGAAAAGAACCGGUGGACUGAAUAACAAUGCAGUAGUCGAUUUUCCAACAACAGUAUAAAAAAAAACCUACCUAAGGUGCAAUAUGAACAGUACACAUAGUCCUAUCCUUGGAGUUCACAGAAAAUCUGAACCAGUCUCUCAGAGAGACAUUCCACAGAAACUCACCCUGUCCCCCGGUAAAACAUCUACACAUGGAUCUUCUGGAGCAUAUCUCUGUGCCAGAGAAAACAGUGCAGGGGAUAGUGAUAAGUCAACUAAUACUAAUUUCCAGAGGGUAGAGGAGCUGGAGAAGUUAAUAAGCAGAUUGAACAAUGCCAUGCUGACACUUGAAGAAGAAAACUUGAAAUUGCAUAAGAGGUUAAUAGGCAAACCUGAAAUGAGUGCCCAGGCAACACCAGAUUAUCACAGUUCAGAUAGCAGUUUCACAAACAACGGGGGAUUUUCCGCAGAGAAAACUGACAAAGAUAGUUCACAUACAAGUCUGUUGCAAGAAGACAAAUACACUCAAUUGAAAAUAGAGAAUAACAGCAUGAAAAAGAAGCUUAAAGAAGCAGAGAAGAGCUGCAAACAGUGUGGUCGUGACUUUCAGAAGCUGCUGCAGAUGUACGAGGAUCUCAAAGCCCAGAGUCAAAUCCUUGAGCAAGACAACAAGCAACUGGUAAAUGACAAAAAUGCUCUUGAAGAGAAACUGGAUGGCCAUGUGGGUAAGGAGCCAAAGGAUGUGUCCGAGACUGUGGCCCGCCUGAAGGAGGAAAACCGGCUGCUGAAAGAGGAGUUGGGGCAGAGCACCGAGAGGAGUGCCCAGGUAGAGGAGAGUGCCAGGAGGCUGAGAGAGGAGCAAGCCAUCUUGGAGGACUGCCUGCAGACGGUGCAGAAGGAGAAUGACCUGCUCCAGAUGGAGGUCAGAGCGCUGCACCAGGACUACAUAAGCCUCAGUGAUAGUAUCAGUCUCCAGCUCAGAGACCGAGUCCCUGGAGAGGACAGAGCCCCAAAACCGCGCAGAUCUGGUAGUCCUACCCCUAAUCACGCCCCUGUUUUCACACAGCGCAACAGCAACAGCACUGAACUAAAAGAAAACACCCUUGGAGCUGGCAUGUCCAUUGGGUCUGUAUUAGAAAAGGCCCCUGCCAUUAGACGAAGCAGCAGUAGUGAUAACAUUACCCUCCAGCUUAAAGACAGGGUGUCUGGAGCACGUAGGUCUACUGGCUCUACACCCGACAAGGCCCCUGCUGACUGCAAGAGAAUCAGCAAGGAGGAAAAUAAACCCUUCACCAAGGGAAACCCAACUCAGACUGUCAAAAAUGGCCAUAUAGAUGAAGAGACCAUAGAGAGGAUAAGGAUCCGAUUUGAGGAAGAUGAGCUGAAGAGAGGACAGAGACUCAAUAGUAGCAGUAACAUUGUGCCAGAGAAGCCUGUUUCUUCUCCUCUUGUUUAUAUUUAGUCAGGUGUCAAGCCUUCUCCCCCUGACACCUGUCUGUAGGAUAUAGGAAUUUAGAGAAGUUAUAAGAGAAGACAUUGUAUUCAUUAGUGUCACUCAGAAUUAUUUUUCAUAAGUUCAAUGCCUUUUUUUUGUUAAAGGAGAUUUGUAAAUGCUCAAUCUACACCACAAUUAAAUAUGUUCUCUUUGUAAUUUUCUAAGCAAGAAGACCUUCUCUUAGUCAUAGUAUUGUAACAGGAAAUAAACCGAAAUGUAUGAACAAGAUGGUUUGCUUCUU